CAUCAUUUCUUUCCUUUCCUCUACGUCGUCCAUUUUCUCUCCAAAAAUCUCAAUCUCCUACAGCACUUUGACACUUUUGCCGGCAUCUGGUUCUAUCUGCACUCUUUCCUCUCAAUCACCAUGCUCUUCACCAACACCCACACCGUUUUCGCCUUCGCGGCUCUGAACAGCAUCGCUUCCGCUCUCCCAAGCGGUAGACCACACUAUGGAGCGGGGAAAACUGGAAAGGCCGUAUAUGCCAUCACCAACAGCGCGAACAACGCGGUAGUAGCCAUUCCCAUCAUGGCGGACGGGACACUAGGCAAUGGGACACUCACUGCGACUAUGGGAGAAGGAGCAGUCAGUGUGAACGCUAUGGGCGAGUCAGUACCGACAGAUGCACUCAUAUCUCAGUCAGCCGUUACUGUCGCGGGUCAUCACAUCUUCGCCGUCAACGCCGGCUCCAACACCGUCUCGAUGCUGGCCAUCUCUCCCAAGAACCCCACUCAACUCACCAUGGUCGGAGAACCCGCAGCCAUCGACGGCACCUUCCCCAACACGGUGACUGCAUCCAUCAAGAACAGCAUGGUGUGCGUCGCGACCUCUGGCUCCAACGCCGGCGUCUCAUGCGGCAGCUUCAACAAGAAAGACGGCAUCGGCGCAAUGAAGAAGAUCUCAAACUUCGACCUUAACCAAUCCGAUCCCCCGGCCGGACCCGCAAACACAGUCUCGCACACCUUCUUCUCCGCAGACGAGUCGAUGCUCUUCACCACCGUCAAGGGUGUUCCCAUGACCAACAACACCGGCUUCCUCAGCGCCGUUAAAGUGAACAUGGCCGCCAACGGCGACUGCGAGCCCAUGGUCGGCAAGGAGACUCGCUCCAGCCCCGAAGGAACCACCCUCCUGUUCGGCUCCGCCAACAUCCAGAGCGCAAACUCCACCAUGAUCUUCUCGACCGAUGCUGCCUUCGGCGCCGCCGUCCUCUCCGUCGACAACACCGGCAAGGCUCAAACCGUCGGCCGCGGCGAAGUCCCCGAUGCCGUCGCCCUCUGCUGGGCCACCAUCUCCUCUGAGACUGGCUCCGCUUGGACCGCAGACGUCGGCGUCAACCGUCUUUUGGAAAUGAGCCUCACCACUGCAGAGGUCGUCAACGAUCCCAUCGAUUUGACUCAGGGUGCCAGCGCCAUGAACCCCGGUUUGAUCGAUUUGAGGGCCGCCGGUAACUUUGUGUAUGCUUUGGCUCCCGGCAACGGAACCAGCCAGCCUGCCAUCAGCGUCGUCGACGUUGUCCAGAGGAAGUUGGUGCAGAACGCUGAGCUCGGCGCUCUUGGUGUGCGCAACUCCGCCAUGGGCAUGGCUGUGCUCAUGUAA